AUGAGGCGAGAGUCUCGCUGGAGACGUGGUCGGCUGUGCUGGUUGAGGGGCAGCUGCCAGUUCAUAUCCGGUGGCAUCCAUGAGUGGAAAAAACUAAUUCUGGUUCAACACUGGCCUGAGACAGUGUGCGAGGAGGUGCAGAAUGACUGCAGAGACCCUCCGCAUUACUGGACGAUACACGGGUUGUGGCCUGAUAAAUCUGAAGAAUGUAAUCGAUCGUGGCACUUUAAUUUAGAAGAGAUUAAGGAUCUUUUGCCAGAAAUGAAGACCUACUGGCCUGAUGUAAUUCAUUCGUCUCCUAAUCGCAGCCAGUUCUGGAAGCACGAAUGGGAGAAGCAUGGGACCUGCGCCGCGCAGGUGGAGGCUCUCGACUCCCAGAAGAAGUACUUUGGCAAGAGUCUGGCUCUGUACCAAAAGCUGGACCUCAGCAGCGUGCUCCUAAAGUUGGGGAUAACACCGUCUAUCAAUUACUACCAGGUUGGAGAUUUUAAAGAUGCGCUUACCAGAGUAUACGGAGUGGUACCCAAACUCCAGUGCCUUCCGCCAAGACAGGGCGAGGCGGUGCAGACGAUCGGGCAGAUAGAGCUGUGCCUCACCAAGCAGGACCAGCAGCUGCGGAACUGCACCGAGCCGGGCGAGCGGCCGGCCCCCGGGCAGGAGGCCUGGCUGGCGGGGGCAGCUGCCGAGGACCAGGGCCUGCGGGUCUGUGAAGACGGCCCCGUCUUUUACCCCCCACCUAAAAAGAUCAAGCACUGAUGCCAAAUUUUGGAAAUAUUCUGUGUUUUAAAAUACAAGAGGAAUUCAGAAACCGCUG